CCUCAUCACUCAACUCCAGGAUGUUCAACUCUUCAUCAUCCUCCUCCUCCUCCUCUCUGGUCUGUCCUCUCCUCCAAAUCAUGCUGAACCACACUCUAAACAACAACACAGGGGUCAACCUGGUGGUGGUGUGUGUCCACGGCCUGGUCUCCUGUCUGGGCAUCCUGGAGAACGCUCUGGUCCUCUGGGUGGUCGGCUUCCGCCUGCGCCACCGCACCGUGGCCUCUGUCUGGGUUCUCAACCUGGCCCUGUCAGACUUCCUGGCUACGCUGACCCUCCCUCUCUUUACACACUACCUGCACUCCUCUCACAGCUGGGAGCUGGGAGGUCCGCUGUGUACGGCCCAGUCCUCAGUCUUCUUCCUCAACAUGUUUGUGUCAGCCUUCCUCCUGGCGGCCAUUUCUCUGGACCGCUGUCUCCUGGUGGCGCUGCCCGUCUGGAGCCAGAACCACCGCUCCGUCAGCGCCGCCUGGAAGGUGUGUGCGUUGGGCUGGUUGUGGGCGGCGGCCAACGCCUUCCCUUACUUCCUGUUCCGGGCGGUGACAGAGAAGAAGGACGGCAGGAAACUCUGCUACCACCAUUUUGGAUUGUACUUAUCGCCAGGGACCCUGCAGAGGGACUGUAGGGUACGGCAGGCGGCGACCGCUGUGUCCAAAACGUCCCUGUCGUUCCUACUCCCCCUAGUGGUGAUUGCAGGGAGCUACGCCCUCUUCAGCAUCAGUCUGAGCCAGAGGAGGAAGAGGAGGAGGAAGGACAGCGGUAGUAGACUCACCGGGGCGUUGAUUGUUACCAACGUGGAACGUAGAGAGUCAAAACCCAACACAAACACCAAAAGCUCCACCCCCAAUCCAAAAUGUUCCACCCCUACUUCCCCCUCUGUCCAAUUGUCUUCCAGACGGACCGAGCCCGGCCUAUCCCGUGGCUUCACCAAAAUGGUGACGUCGGUCAUCGCAGCGUUUGCCCUCUGCUGGGCGCCCUAUCACGUGUUCUGCCUCAUCGAGGUCGCCGCCCAGUACUGGCAGCUCCAGGUCGCGUUGGUGGAGGUGGCGUUGCCCAUGGCGACAACCUUUGCCUUCCUGAACCCGGUGUUAAACCCGGUGCUGUACGUGUUCAGCUGUCCCAACUUCUGCGUCCGGAUCAGACAGAGUCUGGGGGAGCUGAUGGAGGGACUGUUGGAGGAGGGAGGGAUCGGGGGAGCAGGAAGGGGGGGGCGGGAGAUGAGUAUCAGGAAGGGGAGGAGGAGUAUGGGGGUGAACUCACGGUCGUCACCAAACUGUCUGGGGACUCCGGGGUCUCCGCGUCUCCAGGUAGACCAUCUCCCCUCCUCUGCCUUCGUCAACCACAACUUCAAAGCCAGGUGUGGAGACCCGGAACAAGGAGAGGACACUCUGAACUAA